CAUAGGAGAUGGUUUUCAUGCUUAUGUUUUAUGUUCCAGUAAACCUCCAAGCAAGGUGAGUGACUCAAAGUGCCCACCGUCAUCUUCUACCUCACCGGCUCGUACACCUGCUCCUCUGCCUCGAACUAAACUGAGAGCAGAACCUCCCUCUCUAGACAUCAGCAGUGCAGCAGCGAGGAAUUCCCUACUGGACACCAUGAUCUCCAAAAGUACUCUGAUUCGACCAGGAAAUCCAUCCGUUUACCAGCUGAGGCCAAAAAAGGAAAUAUCUGCAAAGCUGACAAAACUGACAGUUGGUGAAAAAGAUGGAUGCAAGAGACAUAAAACAAUCCUAUUGGUUGGUGAAACAGGAGCAGGAAAAUCCACUUUCAUCAAUGCGCUGGUCAAUUUCACCAUGGGAGUGAAGUUUCAGGAUGAGGUUUGGCUUCAAAUCGUGGAGGAGGUGGACCAUGAAACAUCUGAAGUGACUGUCUAUGAAAUAUUUGGUUUUGAAGGUAAAGCCAUGCCCUACUCUUUGAGCAUUAUCGAUACUCCAGGAUUUGGAAGCACCAGAGGGAUAGAACAUGAUGUUAACAUCAGUCAGCGGUUAUUUGACUUGUUUCAAUCAGUGGAUGGUGUUCAUGCAAUUCAUGGAGUGGGUCUGGUAAUGAAAGCAAGCGAUAAUCGUCUCAGUGACCGACUGAUGUAUAUCUUGAAUUCCAUCAUGUCGCUUUUUGGAAAAAACAUAGAAGACAACAUCGUAGCGCUCAUCACUCACUCAAAUGGAAGAACACCAAUGAACGUCAUUCAAGCUCUUGAAGUUUCAACCAUUAAGUGUGCCAAAGAUGAGAAGAAGCAGCCUGUCUACUUCUUGUUUAAUAACUGUCAGAGCGAAGACCGGGACGAAGUCGCAGAAUACCUGGAAGGGGCCAACAAGAUAACAGAGAAAGGACUGACAGAGUUCACUGCCUUUCUGGAAAAGGCGCGACCUCAAAAUGUGAAGGCAACUGCUGUUGUUAUAAAGGAACGCAGCGAACUGACAGCCUGCAUUCAAAAUCUGCAGCAAAGAAUAAUUGAAACUGAACACAAACAGGAGCAAAUCAGACAGAUUCAACGUGACCUGAUGAAAUAUAAGAAAGAGAUGAAAGAGAAUGAAAAUUUUACUAUAGAAAUAGAGGAGUCCUACAAAGUCAAAGAACCUAUAAAUGCCAGAAACUGGUUUAAAGGUGGUUCUUUUGAAGGAGCAAUGUGCUGUACUCGCUGUGAGGAGAACUGUCACUAUCCUGGAUGCAAACUGGCCCCAAGUCCUGCCUUCUGUGAUGUCAUCAAAGAUGGCCACUGCAUCGUUUGUAGUGGGAAGUGUCCCACAUCUGAUCAUGUGAAAGAAAUUGGAGAUAUGUGA